AGAUUUUAGAUAGAUAACAUCUUUGACGGUUGCAUAAAUGGAUUGUUGCAAAGAUUCCCAAGAUUUGUGGCAUGUAGGUGAAAAAUGCCUUGCACCUUAUUCUGAAAAUGAGGAACUCCACGAAGCUGUUGUGAAAACCAUUGAACAUCUAGAUAACAGUGCCUUUAAUGCUGUUGUUUUAUUUUUGGAUUCAACGGAAAAGAGAUUACCUCUUUCAGAUCUUCAAAAAUUCCCAGUUUGUAGUACCUCUUGGAACACCUCCAUGUUUGAUGAUGAAGACUUGGAGAAACCCUUCUUUCCAGACAAGAAACCCCCAGGACCUGCGGUUGAUUUUCCAUUAUCGAAUACUGGAAUUUCUAUCCCAUUCACUAUUAAUAGAUAUUUACGUGACUAUCAAAGAGAAGGUGCAAGGUUCUUGUAUGAACACUAUAGUCGAUCUACAGGAUGCAUUCUUGGAGAUGACAUGGGUCUUGGGAAGACAAUACAGGUCAUAUCAUUUUUAGCUGCAAUUCUUCAAAAGAAGGGAACACGAGAAGACAUUGAAAACAAUAUGCCUGAAUUUUUAUUAAGAACUAUGAAGAAGGAUUGUACUUUAUUGCCUCCUAAAAAGGUUUUUCUCAUCGUUUCGCCCUUAUCUGUGCUUUAUAACUGGAAGGAUGAGCUUGAGACCUGGGGAUAUUUCAAAGUAACCGUCAUACAUGGAAACAAAAAGGAUUUUGAACUUAGCCGAAUAAAACAAGGAAAAUAUGAAAUUUCUUUGACUACUUAUGAAACGCUUCGCUUGUGUUUAGAUGAACUUAACAGCAUAAAUUGGGCAGCUGUCAUUGUAGACGAAGCACACCGAAUCAAAAACCCAAAAGCCAGAGUAACACAGGUUAUGAAAGAUUUAAACUGUAAAGUUCGCUUUGGGCUUACAGGAACAAUACUGCAGAACAAUAUGGAGGAACUAUGGUGUGUUAUGGACUGGGCUGUACCAGGUUGUUUAGGAAGCAAACAACAAUUUAAGGAAGAUUUUUCAAACCCAGUUGAGUAUGGACAAAGACACAAUGCAACAAAACGAGAGUUGGCUACAGGAAGGAAAGCCAUGCAAAGACUGGCAAGCAAAAUGUCUCCCUUAUUCCUUAGACGUACAAAAGCUCUUAUAAGUAGUCAAUUGCCUAAAAAGGAGGAUCGGAUUGUGUACUGUUCUUUAUCGGAGUUCCAGAAAGCUGUGUACCAAACUGUGCUAGUAACUGAAGAUGUUUCCUUGGUUCUUCAAGGAGCUAAAAAGUGCAGUUGUAACAGCGGAAAGAGAAGACGGAAAUGUUGUUACAAAAAUAAUAAAUAUGGUGAAAGUGUGAGGACAUUGUAUUUCAGUUAUUUGGCGAUCCUCCGAAAAGUAGCAAACCAUGCAGCUCUCCUGCAAACAGAUUCGAGCACCAGCAAAAAGCAGGAAGCUCAUAUUAAAAGGGUGUGCGAUGAAGUAUUUUCAAAAUUUCCAGAGUUUGUCCAGCAGAGCAAAGAUGCUGCAUUUGAAACCAUCUCUGAUCCAAAGUACAGUGGAAAAAUGAAGGUUCUUCAACAGCUUCUAAAUCAUUGCAGGAAAAACAACGAUAAAGUUCUUCUUUUCUCCUUCUCCACAAAGUUACUUGAUGUUUUGGAGAGAUAUUGUAUGGCAUCAGGGCUUGAUUAUCGAAGACUUGAUGGAAGCACAAAGCCAGAAGAAAGAUUAAAAAUAGUAAAAGAAUUCAACAGAAUGCAAGAAGUGAACAUUUGUUUAGUUUCAACAAUGGCUGGUGGACUUGGCCUUAAUUUUGUCGGUGCCAAUGUAGUGGUGGUGUUUGAUCCAACUUGGAAUCCAGCCAAUGAUCUUCAAGCAAUUGACAGGGCCUACAGAAUUGGACAGUGCAGAGAUGUGAAAGUAUUUCGCCUUAUAUCUUUGGGAACAGUUGAAGAGAUGAUCUACUUAAGGCAGGUUUACAAACAGCAACUUCACUGUGUUGUAAUUGGGAGUGAGAAUGCAAAGCGAUAUUUUGAAGCAGUACAAGGAUCUAAGGAACAUAAGGGGGAACUAUUUGGUGUCCAUAACCUGUUCAGACUGAGAACUCAGGGCACCUGCUUGACAAGAGACAUUUUAGAGAGAGAAGUUCAAGUUGAAGCUGGUGUAAUGACUGCCGCCAUGUAUGUAAGCCAGGAAAAAGAAGCAAGUGGGGUACACAUGCUUGUAGAUACUGACAAAGAAGAGAACAAUGCAGAUGUAAAACUUGUCCAUCCAUUUAAGAAUGAAACAUUUGACUUCAGCAGUGAUAGUGAUGAAGAAGUAAAAAAGAGCACAAAAUUAAAAUUCACCAAAAGUCCAGCAACUGCCGACUGUCAGAAGCAAUUCACUUUAUAUCAGUGUGGGUUUUCCAAGAUGCUUGAGAAAGGGCCAAACAUUGAAAAGUUGGACACUAAGCUUUUAGGUGGCAGAAACAAAAAAACACAGAAUGAGUCCAACAGUGACAUGAAAGAUUCAUUGGACUUUGGCAAGACCAGUAAUAUAUCUGAGCGCAGAGGGCAAACAAACACAAUGAAGAAUCAUGGCUGGAAAAUUUCUUCAGACUCUGAGGAUGACACAUUCCCCACAAGAAAGGGGAAACCUCACGUCUCAAAAGAGCCUAAUGUUAUCCUGGAGACUGAGAGCAGCUCUUAUGAGAGCAAUGACGAUGAUGUCAUCUUGUCCUCACAGAUGUCUGAAAAUAUGGGAAUGGAAAAGUCUGCUCUGAGGCUAAAGCAAAUAUCCGAAAGUGAUGGUUCCGACCUUGAUUAUUUCAUACCCAGUACAAGUAAAAGGCAAACUACAAAUAACAGUAGUGACUAUAUUAGUGAUGAGUCUGAUGACAUCACGAUACCUAAAAAAACUGUGUGUGGUCAUUCAAAAGAUUGUAAGACCAUAAACCAGCAAAAAAGUAGUUCAUGCCACAGCAAUGGUGUAGAAAAAGAUUCUCAGACAAUAGACACGUUUUCUUCCUCUGAUGAUGACAGUAUUUACAAGAAGAAGAUUCGACUUAAUAAUGAGGAACCCAGAACUGAAACCACAAAGUACAGGUAUCCGAUGAAAUCAAAGUUACAAAGAUUAAUGUACAGAAGUAACCCAUCUGCUCUUGGGCACGUGUCCUCAAUAAAUGAUGAUAAUGGAAAAAAGAGAAAGAUUGCUAAGAAAACAAGCCAUAUUGCUUCUCUGGACAAUGUUCUGGAUGGUGUUGAGGGAGUUGCAUAUAUUCAUUCAAAUCAAAAUGUUGUUGGUUCGAGCAAAGCAGAAAAUCACCUGAGUCGGCGGGCAGUGCAAGAUGUUUUUGAGUUAAAUCAAUUCUCCCAACUUCCUGCUAAUAUUACCGCUUCCCAAAUUAAGGCGCAUGGACAGGAUUCUAGUAAAGGCUUACCACUAAAACAAGUGGGUAUGAAAGUAAGCCAUGACAAUCUCUCACAACAUCCUGUUAUUCACAAACAAAAGAAAGUACAUAGGACAGAUGAAAUCACUUUUAUAGUUGGAGAGACUCCCAAAGCAAUGCAGAGGAAACAAUUUGAUGAAAUGGCGACAUAUUUUAAAAUGGCUUCUGCAGAAGAACUUGCUCAUCAUGUUCUCAAUGUCGAAUCAAAUGUGCGUCAGGAUAUGCUAAGAGAAUUUUACAGCAGCCAAUACAUUCUAAAAGAACACAUGUAUCCACACAUUACUUUGUCUGCGAAUCUUCAAAAGGAAAAAUCGCACCAGGAUAAGAAGCACAAAGACAAAAUCAAAGUAAAAAGAAAAAAAAUUAUACCUUUACAUCUGGAUCAAAUCAAUGAAGCUUACAAACAUGACUCUGCAACUAUUACUGAUUCACUACGUAAAAACAGUACACAAACCUGUGAAUAUGAUGCUCAUCAAAAUACCAAGCAUGUGGACAUUUCACCUAAUUCAGCUCAAGAAAAGAUAUUCUUUAAAAAAAGACAGAGAAUCGAAGACAACUCAAAUGAUACGUUGAAUGCUACUGAUGCUUCUGUCUUAUUUUCAUCAUUUGACAACAAACCAGUCUCAGAAGAGCUAGUAUUCAAACCUGUAAAUAGGACCACAAAUAAAGAUAAAAAGGAGUCACACUCUGUAACAAACUUGCUUGGAGACACAUCUAUACUUGAUGAUCUCUUUGCAAGUCAGACUAAUAGACAAGUGGAGGGACCAGUCAGGCCACUUUGUGAGCAGCCAGCAACCAAAGCCAAAUGCCGUCCUAAAGAUUUUUGGGAUAUACUCAGUGAGCAAAAUGAUGAAAGUCUAAAUAAACUUACUGACUUGUCUGUAAUAGAAAAGGCAUGUGAACGUACAGUUUUACCCAGAACAAGUAAGAAAGACAACUGGGAUGACACACGAUGGGUAAAGAAUGAAAAUUUUUUAUGGAGAAAAAACAACCAAAGUUCAUGAUAUAAACAAUGAUUGUCCUAUAAAA